UAUUCCGGAGAAGAGCGCGUGCGCAACUGAGCGGCGGAAUUAAGCCGAUUUUUACCAUCACAAAAACGGUCAGCCUUCAAUAAAUAACAGAAACCUAUCUACAAUAACGCCAGCAUUCCAUGGUGUUUGAGCCCCGCCUGUUUUGGUGUGAAGCUGUCCACUAUAAAAGCAGAAUCAGAAACCUUUUCAUAUUUGAAAGAUGGCAGACACAGAGCAAAGGGAUCCACCUCUGCCCCCUCAGGCUGGGCCUGUGCAAUUCCUGUUGAGUAAUAAGCUGGAAACGGCUAUGUGGCUGUCACGGCUGUUCACUGUCUACUGCUCCAUCAUGUUCAUUUUGCCCCUGCUUGGGCCCCAAGCAUCUGCUAAUUUCUAUCAGAGGGCAUUGCUGGCAAACGCCUUGACCAGUGCGCUGCGUCUGCAUCAGAGGCUGCCUCACUUUCAGCUAAGCAGAGCCUUCCUGGCCCAGGCCUUACAGGAGGACAGCUGCCACUAUCUCCUAUACUCCCUCAUCCUUGUCAACUCCUACCCUAUCACAAUGAGCAUAUUUCCUGUGUUCCUCUUCUCACUUCUCCAUGCCACCACCUACUCUAAAAAUGUCCUUGAUACUUUGGGCCCCAACAGCCUUAUUUUUGUGAGGAACUUUCUGAACAAGCUCACUGCCAAUCAGCAAAACAUCCUCAAGUUUAUCGCCUGCAAUGAGAUCUUCUUGAUGCCUGCCACAGUCUUCAUGCUCUUCAGUGGCCAGGGCAGUUUACUUCAGCCAUUCAUCUAUUAUCGGUUUCUCACUUUACGCUAUGCCUCCCGGCGCAACCCGUAUUGCCGGACUCUAUUCACUGAGCUAAGGAUCUUACUGGAGCAUUUUGUGAUGAAGCCCAGCUGCCCUUCUUUCUUUAGGAGGAUGUGCCUCAACAGCAUUGCCUUCAUUAGCCGCCUUGCCCCCACUGGGGUCUAACUGCUCUCUCUGAACAUUCACACGCUUGCAUACACACUACACACGUACAUACCUGUCCUAUAACAGUUCACAGACUGGGACAGUUUCAAGAUGGACUUAAAAGCAAGAUGGCAAAGUCUGAUCUCUCAGAGAUGGAUGUCCUCCUUUGCACGGAAGGAAUUUGCUAUAUUUGGAGAGACUCCAUCUGACAGUUUGCAUCCAAAAAACAAAAACAGCCAGAAGAUGCAUCUCUGUGCACAGUUGUCUGUAAAGGUGAUGCAACAUUUUUUUUAUCAGUUUAGUGAAGCAUUUAUAUUGAUACUCAUUUUCUGGAGUAGGAAAAGACCCUUUGAGAUAUUUAAACUUAACUGAUAGGUUAAAUAGAGCUCUUAUUAACUUGUCUUUCUAAUGAGAUCAUGCCACACUUGGAAAGAUUUUUUGCAUUAUUAUAUUUGUCUGUCCUUUUAGUUUGAUUCCAUAUUUUUAUGUUCUUGCCUAAGCAUUGUUUUUAUUUUGUCUUGUACUGGAUUACCUUAAUCUUAAUGUGACCUGCCCCCAUGCAUUUCUGAUUAGUUGACUAGGAUGUUGCUGUUGAUUUUGAUUUUUUUCUAUGUUAACAGGCUGAUCAGAUGACUGAGGUAUUGGCAGAAAUCAUUCUAUCCAAUCUAGACAUCUGUUGCCCUGUAAUAAACUGUUUAAUGCCUUCAAAGCUAUUUAUUUCAAUGGCAAGUUGCAAAGAUGAACACAAUUUGAGAAUUUGUUAGUUAUUUGCUUGUUCAAGGCAUGUUGUCGCUAUUAUAUUUAUUGCCUCUGUUUAUAACCAUGGCCUGUGUAGAAUAAUAAAAUCUAUGAUCAAAGAUUAAAUUAAAACUAACAUUUAAGUUGAGCUGCUACUGAACAUUAGAGGAAUUUAUUAACAUAAUUAAUUGAGAAAUUUCCCCAGAUAGGUGGAAGCAUGCAUUGAACUCCUUGGAUGACCCAGUGAAACAAACUGUAUUUUUUAUUAUUUUUAUGUUAAAGUGUGUAGUAAAUUGUGAUUCUAGUCACAAUUGUAACCAGUGGGAAACUUGUUGAAAAUGGUCAGUUAAAAUGUCUGCAUUCUUAUUAAGGCUGGAUUCUUAAGGCCUUCGUAAUCGCAAACAAUAAAGGACCAAUAAACAAUUUUUACUAACAGAAAUCUGUUUGCCCACCGGUCACAACUGUGACCACAGGUACGUUUACUUGUCCUGUAACCAUGAUUUAUUAAUCAAAAGAGCAAUCUUAUUAAUCAAUAAUAGACCCUUUAAAAUUAUGUAUCUACCCUUUAUAAAUAUGGUAGUUUCAUGUGUGCAAAGCAGUGUCGCCAUGCUCCUUUAAAGGCACUUAAAUUUUGGAACCAUAAAUUCAAGGCUUGAGAAGUCUGAAAAAUAACCGUGAAAGUGCUUCAAUGGAUGAUUUUAAUCAGAUAAAACGGUAAUUGCAAUGUAACCUUUGGUGAUUAUUAAGCUGUAAAAUACUUCAAAAUGUAUGUAUAGCAUCACUCUCUUAUGCUUGUAGUGCAUUACACAUACUCCAGAGCGCUCAUAAAAUUGUGUUUUCAUCUGUUUCAGGGCAGUUCAGUGGUCGAUAAAUGAGUUCUCGUUCUCAAAAUAGAUGUACUUGGAGUUUAGUAAGCAAUUUUAUCACACUAAAUCAUGUUUACAUUUUGUGGCUAUACUUUUGAAAUGGCGAGUAUUUUAAUGUUUACACAUUUGACCCUUUCACUUCUGUUGUAAGUGCCUCACUUUAAACCUAGAAUUUAAAAAAUUACCCUUAUUUUUGAGCCCCACACCUGUUAGCUCAAAAUAUUCACUGCAAGAAUAUUUGCACAGAAAAGGGCAAUAAAAUAUAUACUGUACAUGUACACUCACAAGCCACUUUAUUAGGUACUUCUGUACAUCUACUUAGUCAUGCGAUUAUCUAAACAGCUAAUUGUGAGGCAGCAGUGUAAUGUAUAAAAUCAUGCAGAUAUGGGUCAAGAGCUUCAGUUAAUUUUCACAUCAACCAUCAGAAUGGGGAAAAAAUGUAUUUAGUGAUUUCGACCGUAGCAUUAUUGUUAGUGUCAGAUGUGCUGGUUUGAGUAUUUCUAUACUGCUGAUAAAUAAACUUCAAUUGGUUCAAAAUGCAGCAGCCAGAGUGCUGACUAGAAUCAUGAACUUUGAUCAUAUUAGCCCCGUUACAUUGGCUACCUGUUCAAUUUCAUAUGCAUUUUAAAAUUCUAUUAACUACAUAGAAAGCUAUGAAUGGUCUAGCUCCGCAGUACUUAAGUGGCCUUCUACCGCACCAGAUUCCAUCACGUUCAAUACGAUCGCAAAACUCUGGCCUCUUAACAGUUCCUAGAAUAUAAAAAUCCACAAAAGGAGGUAGAUCCUUUUCCUAAUUGGCUCCUAAAUUAUGGAAUAAUCUCCCUAGCACUGUUCGGGAUGCAGACACACUAAAGACUCAUCUAUUUAGCCAGGCAUGCACCUAAUUUAUAAUUCACCACACAAUUAGGCUGCUUUAGUUAGGUUUUCCGAAACCUGAAACAUUGAUCAAGAUCUAUAACUCUGCAAAAAAUGUAAUGCCAUCUACGCUAAUAUGGUUCUAAUUGUUUCCUUAUCUGGACCUCGGGACAUCUAUCCCGAGGUCACCAGAACCGGCCGGAUCCAGCUCCAUUCCUGCUUGGUUUUGGACUCCACUGCUACAUGAUGACAAAAUGCAGCUGGUACCAGCCAGACAUCACUUCAGUCUAUUACGAUGAACUACAGAUGAUGAACUGAUCCCAGCUCCAACCAUAAGACAUGGGAUAAUUAAUAUGCCAUUGCCUGAAUGUUGGAUUUAGUAUAGACCUCACUGAAAUUACCUGGCAGUUGAACUGCAUUGAUCUUUGACUGCAUCAUCUCGGUCUAAUGAGCCCUGGGCCCCAUGGCCUCUGCAAAAGUGGUCACCCUGCUGGUACUACUGCGGGUGAGACCACUUCAGUGCUGGCUUAGAAUGAAGGUACCCCAUUAUUCAUGGCGACAAGAAAAAGGAAGGUAGCUCUGCUGUUAAUCAGUGUUUCAAACUGUCCACGCUCUUUAACUCUACCCUUUUGUCCAUCUUCAUCCCUAGAUGAACCCAUGCAGUUGAGAAGCACCUGACUCUCAAAAACUCAACAGAACUAUAAUAUUCUAGCCAGAGCUUUUGGAAAAAGUGAAGGCUCAUCCAGAGCGAAGAGUGUGUUGAGGCAGACCACUCUUGAUGGUCAACCCCUUGGCGUUAGUACAGUCUGCUUUGGGGAGUAUGCAGGAUGUGUCAUUCUGCAAAGAGCUGAGUGAGAGUCAAGUGUAUGAACUUGUCUAGUUGUGAGUUUUCAAAGAAGAGGUGAACUGAGGAACAGUGGCAUGACACGUACAAGUCCUUUAUGCUUUCAUCUAAUGGUGGGGUCUUCAGUAUUGGAUGUGGUCUCCUUUCUGUCAAAUGCAGUCUUUGUUCAAUUGAGUGUUGGAGAAGGUCAGGAACUGGAACAAGAUUUCAUGGGUGGAUCUCAAACAUAAAAUUAUUGAAAGAAAGGGAGCAGGAAGGGGAUCUUAAACGGCCGUACGGAUGAUCCAAGCUCCAGAGAAGAAGCACACAUCUCUGACUGAGUGAGCAGGUUGCUGGGUCAGACAAUACCCAUUAAUCACUUUCACCUUUUCACCUUCAUUAAAAGCCUAGCAUAAUUAAGACA